AUGCGUGAGUGCGUGAAAAGGCUGGCAGAAGUGUUUACUGGUUCCUCCGCCAAAGUGAGCGUCCUUCAUUUUGCGGAGACCAAAAAAAGUCAAAGGCUUUCAGGCACGCCAUUGUCUCCCUUACCUCAGAAGUCUCUUUGGUGGAACUGCCUCCCAGAUGUACGUUCUUUGCUAGUCCGUUGGUUGCACUUUUUCUUUUAUUUGCUUCACCUUUAUCCUUCGAUCUGUCUAAGUAUCAUCCCAUUUAAUUUUGCAUUUCAGAAAAUUAUUUACCUCCUCUUUAGUGAGCUUUUCAUUGAUUGUUUCAUUUAAUCACAAACUGCACUACCCCCGUAGCCCGUUACGUACUUUUAAACUUGCAAACCCCCAUUGUCGCUGAUUUGUCCACAACAGAACUAGUUAAAUUCGUGAGAGUAACAUUAUUUUCUGGGACUUUAUCGACGACUUUAAACUGACGGAAUUUAACGCAUUAACAAAGCGCAAAAUCGAACGAUAAUUCGCUGAGAAAUAUGUUGCGCAUUUUACCGGAAGGUAGGUGAUCAACCAAUGCAGACUUUCCGCCGUGCGAAAAUGAUCCACAUGUCCCCUUUAUCGCGCAUCCGGUGAAAUGCGGAAACGUCACAGGACAUCAGUAACAAGGUGUCGAAUUUACAAUUCGGUUGUCACCUCUUUAUCGGGGACAUUCUGCUCGUUUACCUUGCAAGAUCGUACUGUCCCAGACCUCUUAGACAAGCUCAAGAUGUCUACACUUUCUUCAUGAAUCGCUAUGAAGCAAAACAGAGCAGGUCUUGCAAAGUUUUGUUGAUGGCUCGUUUUUAUUUAGUAGUGGAUCACAAUAGAACCUUUUCGAGAGUGUGUUGAUAACUCGAUCAAUAAAGGGAUUGAGAUACCAGACUUUAUGUUGGCCGUCCGUUCAACCGCUGAGUCGUCCUUGGACGCAUGCUAAUAGGCCUAUAGGGCUUUUUCAUUUCGUUGGCGAACAAGGCUCUUCUUCAUCUUGCACCUAUGCUAUACUGAUAUCGGUUCCUGCCGACUCUGGCUAAUCGAAUUUGUUAGCAUAGUUCCUUAUAUCCCGACAUCGGUCCCUAUUCGCGCAACUCGCAUGUAAUCCAUCAAUUGGGUAGUGUUUGUCGGUAUGCGGCCAUUGAUAUUAGGCCUGAUGGGAUCUUUAGUAAUCUAUGUGGACUCUGCACUCGGCAGACAGGUUGAGACAUCAUUAACUAGUGGCGGUAAAAGAGUUUGAAUUAUCCUAUGCCGUGUACCGUCUAUGUCGACAAUAAUUUCCGCUUGUUUUUUCUAAACAAGCACAUUUCUGGUUUUUAUUGCGCACCAAUGUCUCAGUGCUGGUUUUGCAUCAUUUUGGUUAGUCUUCAUGAGCGUAUUGCUCAUGUACAGGCCUUGGGCUGCUAACAGUGUAACGGUGGUACUUAUGUUCCAUUGUCCGCCUGAAAAGGCUUCUACUGCCGUUAUGGUCCCACCUUUAAGCUUAUAUUCAAAACUUGCCUGGUAUAUUGACCAGCCAUAAGCUGGUCUGCGAGCAACUUUGCUGUUACUGCCGGACUGCUGUCUGUGCUUUUUUUCGCCCUUUGGGCAGACCAUGACAGUCUUUCGAAGGCGCCACUUGUGUUUUGAUUUCACUCAAGCCUUUGACAACUCCAUGCACAUUUCAGCCUGAACGCCUGUCUUCCACAGCCAAUGACGAGACCGGUGAGACGGCCUACGUACGAGCCUGGCAGCCUAUCCUGCGUCUUAAGCGCGCCUACGAAACUCUCCGCCCACAGCAGGUGGAAGUUAGUCGCCUGUCAUCUGGACUCUUCUCCGCCGACAACAGUUCGACGUCAGAAUUGCCAUUGGCGACACCACUUAAAGGUGACGGUUUGAGCCUACAUUUCCGUAUGGGCGCCCCUGUCAGCUCUGCUCAGCAGGACCUCUUCAUCACCACCCCGCCCUCACUGACAUCUGCCCUAAACGUGGCCCUUGAGAUCUGCCGUUCCUGGGUGGAAAGCAAUCGCCACGACACCCAGUCUAACCUCUCGGUGGUUACUUUGGGUGUGUUAGAGAAUUGGGUAGAAUUCUUCACCCACGGUCGCCUCCUGGAUGCAGAUACCGACAAGCUAAGCAUUAAUGAUGGAGUUUGGGUACGUUUUUGCUAGUAUCCGCCUAUACCACUGUAAUGAUUUUCGGGAAGCGGGGUUUGUGCAGCAAUUCUGCAUGCAGUGUGUAUGUAUUUGGUCCGUAGAUAUUUUGGCAGCUUUUGAAUAAUUCAUAUUGACCCAACUGUGAAAAACUCGGCGCCUCGGUGGGAUUUGAACGCACGCAGUAAGGGACAAGGCUUUAGUACAGCCCACGCUCUACGAGGCCUCGUAGCACAAGUGGUUAGAGCGUUGGCUGUACUAAAGCCUUCCUCUUACUGCGUGGGUCCAAAUCCCACCGAGGCGCCGAGUUUUUCACAGUUAGGUCAAUAUAAAUUGUGCACUUGGUCCCAACAAUGGGUUAGACCGUAUUGUCAAACUCGUGACCGGACUUAGGUUUAGCAACAGACGGCCUGUUCCAGUGAAGCCGGGUAAGUCGGUAAUAUGCGGGACUAACCAUUACGUCAAAUCUCAUCCCCUUGUGUUUCUAAAGCAGCUUGGCCAUGAGACAUGAUCGGAGUGAUGUUGAUUAUUUACCGACUUUCCUCAUUAUGCAAUCAAACUGGGAGGUUUCCAGUUUUCUGGCUACUUGCUCCAGCAGACUACCUACCUUUACUGGCAAUUCCACACAUAUGUAAGGGCCUUACUGCGUGACGUGUGCCCGGAUUGAUGAGAGGCGCCAACAUGCUUGGCGCGCCAAGUCAGAUACAGUGCGUGAUGCGUCCAGUCCGUCCUUCAGUCGCCUUGAAUUGGUUGACACGGGGGUCGGAUGAAUUUAAGGAGAUAAUGAGGCCGACUGCCAUACGUAUAUGUUAAUCUCUGUUACGUUGCACUAGGUCUGAAUGGGAGUAAGUUAGGCCAGUGGCAUCCGUUUGCCGGACUGCGAUGCUACGUUAUGCAUAAAAGAAAGUAGUCGCAAAGAAGGUAACACGAUCGUUGAGACUGCCCAGGCGAAGUAAUUAGCCACUUGAAAAGCGUGCAGAUGACCACUGUUCCUGGUGUCAAUGUCGGCGAACCAAAUUGCCCGAGUGCACACGGAUGGCGAAACUCCGACAGUUAGUAACUCGACUACGUGUGAUGAGCCUGGGAGCCGAUAAUUCUGACGGGAUCGCAAUCGCAUAGCAACGGCAUCCUGCAACACCCAGCCAGUCGGACCAUGAUGAAGUGGAGAGCUGUCACUUGUGACAGGCGUGCAGUAGCCUAGCAUCUACAUCCUAUAAGUACAGCAAUACCCCAACCUGGCAUUGUCUAUGAUAAGUGGAAACCCGAAAUGCCUGGCGAUCCAGCGAUCGUGUCGCCUUCUUCGCGUGUAAUGGUCCUAUUCGAAGGGAACGCAGGAGCGGAGCAGACGCGGAGGAGAAUUGAAGUAUAUGAUGCCGACGGACGCUAUACCUGACCAUUUCGAAGACCCAGCGAUAUUUGCUUGCAACUUCCAGCAACUAAAAUUUGGCGCGGUACGACCGACCUUUAGAAUUGGGUCGGGUUCAUGUUCACACACAUGGUCUCUCGUGCCUGUUUACGUCGACGGCAGACCGACCCUCUACUGUGUAUGUUUUGGUAGGGUCAAACAACACGGAUAGUAGGUUCGACUCUGCUUUUAACGUGGUUCUCGACUUUUGUUGAUAAACUCCUGCUUCUGAUCGCAUGUUACAUUUUCAAUUUACAGUGAGUGACCGAUCUCAUGAAAUGUAAACAGCAAUUCUGAAAUGCGUUUUCGAAUAAGAAGGAUUACUUGGGUGGGGUUGUAACACUGAUUACCAUGUGGCCUAAUCCUCUGAUAUUUCGGACUUGCCAGGAUGUUGGCUUUGAGUGCGCUUCUUUUUUACCCCCUGUAAAAACUGCACUCGGCAAAACUGGCCACUUAAAUAGUAUGCAUUUUUCACACUUGUUUUCGAUGCCCUAAUAAAUCCAUAUAUAUUUCAUAGAGCACAUGCACGAACCCAUGCUUUCUUUUGCUAAUUUAGUAGGAAGGGGUAAUUUUUGGUUUUAAAAAGUAUCUUAUUAUGAGGUUUUUUAAGACCAUGCGAUGUCCAUUCAUACAGCAUCAUACCUGUCCGCAUAUUAAUGCUCCUCAUGAAGUAUACAGCAAAGCCUGCAUCCAUUGCUAAAUUGUAUGAACUCAACAUGGUGCCUUCUUAAAGCCAUCCAGGAAUAAGUGAUAUUCCCCACGCGAGAAGUGUGCACUCUUUGGAAUGAAAUCUCCAAACGUUAAUGCUGCGGUUGAUCUGGCCGAAAUUUGUUCGGGAAUAGGAACACUUUUUCAAAACCUAAACAUACCUUUCCUUCGAUUUCAAAAUGUAAAGACAGUGUGAUUUCCUAUUAAAUUGGUAAGAGUUUUAGUAGCCAUUUCUGCCGAGGGCAAUUUUUACAGGAGGUCGAAAAGAAGUCCACUCAAACGCCAACAUCUUGGCAAAUCGAAAAUAUCAGAGGAUUAGGCCGCAUGGUAAUCAAUGUUACAACUUCACCCAGAUAAUCCUUCCUAAUCGAAGACGCAUUUCAGAGUAUCGGCUAACAUUUCACUCACUGUAUUUGUUAAGGGUAAGAAAAGAUGUAGGUCAUUGGAAAAAAUAGAUAUGGAAGGAGGAUGGUGAGUGCAAGGGAAAGGUUUUAUGCAAACAAUCACAGCCUGGUGUCCACAAUAUCAUUCAACAGUCUUUGCUAGUUUCAUACUGCUUAAUGUAUUGACAGGCCCUAGUGAAUGUGCCCACACCUUAAUCCCCCCGCGCCCUCCUCCUCAUCGCAAUCAACACAGAGCCUUUGGGGCGUAGUGACUCUCGCUGUCGUUCAUCUGAUGAGCACCUCAAGUAAUGCUUAAGUUCAAUCUUCUUUUUGAAUUGUAGGUGACUCAGCCCGGCUUUCAAUAGGUGUAGGAACACUGAUAAUUCGUCCUGUGGCGUAGUCGACGAGGACCAGCGCUACCCCGGAAGGCGGUGGUGACUGUCACAGACUCGACCUCAUUCACUGCCCCGUUCUUGCAUCGUGUCCUAGUGGCCAAACUGCGCCAGAGCGACUGGAGAUGGGCGAGUAUGCAGCUGAGAGAUAGAUGCGAUCACUGCAACAAGAGCCUUAUUUAUCUGAUAUUUCGGGUCCAUGCUUGAAUGCAUCAUUGGAGACAGCGUCCGUAUCUAAUGAAACCAAGACUUCGGGCGAAUAAAGCUCUUGUUCGCGCAAUCACAUCUACUUUCAAGCAGCCUCCUGGGACUGGCCUUUUUGCUUGUAUCGAAGGGUAUAGCCGUUAACCGAGCGUUCGCCCCUCAUCCCCCGCGUGCCGCAGACAUACUGGUCCCUCUACCGAUGCGAACCCAACUUAACUCACACAGACCACAGCCAUAAGGCCAACGCAACCUGAAUCUGUCACGGGGCCGAUUUUUUCGUCAGUUCGCAACCCUCCAGACCGUUACCUUGAGAAUGCUGUGACAGCUCGAAAACACGCGAGACCCACUCUAAGAAAUAGUGGUCUCACGAGUUUGGCCCUAUUACCCCCUAGCUCUGGCGUCGUGCAUUAUUUAAGCCGACUAAAAUCGUAUUGAGUGAUGUGACAGUGUCUCGGAAACAAUAUCGUGCUGCCCACACUGGUGUCGCUUGUUUUAACUUGGCCCGUGUGUAGGUAAUUGAUCAGCGAGCGGCAGAAUCAAUGUGGGGACAUUAGUGACGGGUAAUAUCGAUAUGCUCAAUGUUCGGAUCCACGCCUUUUCUCUGAGAUACCCACAAUGCUUUAAGGCAUUGCACCUGUGCUUGAUACCUGGUCCAACCGGCCUCAAUGAUGUCACGAAUUGCCUGGCGAUCUGCGACAGCAAAUUUGGAAGGCUCGGUCCGUUCAAUCCUUCAGCGACGGAGACCGAAUAUCGAACCACUUGCAUGUAUUGACGAACUAUAACGAGCAGGGUUUUUAAUUAACCUUUUAGAUCCCUCUUGGUGGGCAACGCCAGUCCAAGACGUAAAUACUGAGCUCAUGGAGUUCGGGCUGGUCACUACUAACGUAACAGAGUAAAUAGUAGGAAGGUCUUAUUACAAUACAUGUCGUGUGUCAAAGACGACAGCUCAAUGCCAGUUGACUCAAAGCUAACCGCCCCCCAUUGUAUGCGUGCACUGUGCACAGCUGUAAAUACAUGAAUUGCCAUUUCUCAGGCUGUACAACUUUUUCAUCGGUUGCGAGGGGAAAAGGGAACACGGCCUGUCCAGCAACUAUAGGGCCACUUAUUUUUUGCUUAAAGCUUCGGCAAUUUUCUGUUGAUUGGUCCGCUUUUAGGAGAGCGCAAAAAGUGACGACGUCUAAUUAGGACAAGGUUUAAUCCCAGAAUGGUUUAAUAUGAUAUCAGUGUAUAAUAAUGCCCAGAAGAUAGCUCUCCUACGAUUAAAAUGUCGCGUAGUCUUCGAGCGUUUCUGCGCAUCCGAAAUGAGAUUCUAACGCAAUGUAAGCGUUACUUUGUGCUCAGAUUAAAUUAUUUGUCACUAAUUGCCAGAAGGGUGACGACAACCAGACAUAUAGCAUUCACAAGUCGAUCUGUUCCCAAACUUCACGAACUGCAGUCAUUCUUCGUCUUUAACGAAUACCGAAAGCUGACAAUUCAACCGCCGUUUCCAACGACUCUAGGACGAGGCCCAACCAAGUCGGAUUUCGUGCUGGAUGCGGACGUGGACUUGCCCGCUGCUCUUUUGGCUUUGGCAGCAUCGAUCCGGUUGGCUUCGUAGAAGACAGCUCCGAUCUUCUCUACUCCUACCCAGGCCGGUCGGUCCUUGGCUGGAUCCGCCCAAGUCGCUUGAUUGAUUUGUGCAUUCUUGAGGAAUGUCCACCGACUGUCCUUGUAGCAUCGUUUUGACCACCUUGUCGGUGAACACCUGUAGCGACACCGCCGUAGAAGAGUCGCUUGGGUGGGCGCUCGUCGUCCAUCCUCACUAGGUGCGCGUUCCGUCGCGGUUGUAGUCGUCUCAACAUGGCGUGGAUGCUGAGGAUUCCGGCCAGUUCCAAGACUUCCUUGUUUGGGACCACGUUCUGCUACCUCAUCUUUAGUAUUCUCGGGAGACAGCUGAGGUUUAACUGAUUGAGUUUCCUGGCUCGACUGGCGUAGAUGAACUGUGUUUCUGCCUCCGUGUAGUGGUGCUGUCAGAACUCCCUCCACGUAAAUUUUGAGCUUCGUGUCCAGUCGAAGUCAAUUGUGGUUCCAGACGGAGGCAUGCGGCCGCCCGAAAUCCUGGCGGGCUUUAAAGGCCUAUUUCAAUGCUGCGUAAAAGUUUACCGCCUAAAUAGGCGAAACUGUCCAACGUUUUGAGUUGGGUGCCAUUGACAGUGAUGCAAGAGGCGUUGUAUUCAGUGUUGGGUGACGGCUGAUUUAUGGUCGCCACUUUUUCACUCCUAAUUUUGCGCAACCGGAGGCGAGGAAGUUUGUGUCUCGUUGCAUGUCCGGUUCUGUCCUGGUGUAGAGCGCGCAGUCGCCCACCAAGAGCGGAUCGUGGACAGUAUUCGUGUAUAGACGCGUUGGGGCCCGCAUGCGUCGGGUUAUUGAAAGGUUGGCUGUCGAUCCCGUAGACGAUGCUGAUCCCAGGGCGCUCAUGACGGUAAGCGCCCAUCAACAUGGCAGAGGACAUGGGACCGAAAGAGGUGGAGGCAAGUACGCAGUCCUGCUCCAGUCCAUUGGCCAUUGCGAAUGCUCAUGAGGCUGUCUGAUUGUCCCUGACGGGCGCCAUCACCCCUUCGUGGUGCUAACGCACCAUGUGCGUAAAUCGUUUAGGGCAGCCGGAUUUCUGCAUGAUUUUCCAGAAUCGUGUCGAAGACUUUCGUCAGGUUCCCGAAAGUAAUGCAGAGGUGAGUUCGCAUCUCCUGGCACCUCUGUUGUAGUUGACGGACGGCGAAGAUAAUGUCGGGUGUUCAACGGUGUCGUCAGAAGCCACAACGGCUUUCCGAAAAAAGUUGUGUUCCAGAUGGCCGUUGAGACGAUUAAUAGGGAUGCGGAGAUUUUUACCGCAAUGUUGAAUAGCGGAAUGCUUCCGUGAUUAUCGGGUUCAUUUGCCUUCCCGCUGGAGAGCUGUUGCAUGACUCGUGGUUUCUGAAGGGCGGGAAGUCUAGGUCAUUGUUUGUUCCUACUUUGGGGAGCUGGUCGAUGUAGGCUUCGUACAGUCUGUUCUUUUCGGUAAGUACAUUGCUGAUAUCCGCGUCGUCGUCAAACCAGUUCUGGUAUUGACGGCGAGCACGACCGAGGACGUCCAGGGUGGUGGAGUGAAUGACGUUCCACAGUUGACACCGUGUCCCCACGGUGGUGUUAUUGUCCAGAGGCUGCAGGCUUCCUAGUCGCCGAAAUCUAUGCGGUGAGCAGUCAAAUUCAACAGAAGAGGAUUUAGCUUGCCGGUGCGUUCGGCGGUGGCCUGUCCAGCCAUCGGCGUCGCAAAUCGCCUUUUUCAACAGCACUUUCUGUCUAUCUCGCCUCCGGACGAGAACUUAGUCCAGUAACCCCUAGCGCAUCAGUCGGGGGCUCAUCCAGACUGCUCUCACCCGCGUCGGAAGGAGGAAUAGGGUGUUGGUGAAGAGUGGUGGUGUUCUGCGCAGGUUCGCAGGAGGCCAUGGUCGCUCCUCCGCCCAGUCAGCGUGGUCUGUGCCGACGCCGACAUUAAAGUCACUACGGACAGUCAGCUUGUCCGCCUUCGGCACAGUGGCUAGGAUGGCGUGCAUGUCCACGUAGGAUCUGUUCAUUGUCUCGUCGGUGCUGCUCACUGGGAGGGAGGCGUAGACGCUGAUGAUGGAAGCGAGGUUGGUUCCCCGGGGACGCAUGAGGCGGUCGUUCAUACCCUGCUACAGACAGGGCAGUUGUCCUACGAUGUCGUUCCGGAUAGCAACGGCGAUGCCUGUUUCGCGUCGCUCUGUCUUUGGACGCCCGCUCCGGGAGGUGCAGCCGGCACCAACCUCUAGUAUAAAGAAACGCGCCAGAAAAGGGAUUAAAUAUACACCGCAGGUGAAGAAUGCAGCGUUAUCUGGGAUUUCUGUAAGAAGUAGCAUGCUCACUUAAACAAGAUUUGACGCUAAUUUAAAAGGCCACACUCCAUGGGACCAUGAAACGGAAGCCUCAACGAAUGCCGCCGUUGACUAAGUACUAUAAAGAAGAACGAGUGGGUUCGGCCAUCUAGACAGAUCACUGGCGCGUGAUGCCUCCCUCUGACGAAAAGAAAUUCAAUUCUGAUUGUCUAGGCGGUUAAAACUACCAUUAGCACGAUUUUCACGAGACUGGGUGCCUGUACCAGACGAUCGUGUGGACGUGAACUGGCAGUAUAUUCACACACUUUUUAUCCACCAGUUAUUCUUUGUGGUACAGUACAGCAGAGGACUGUUGGUGUUUCAGCAAGACGACUGCAGAAUAUAUACGGCCCAGCAGACGAGGCAGUAGUUAAAAGGUCGACAAAUUGAUACAGUGAUCUGUUCACCUUUGGACCCCGGUCGUAGCCCAUAUUAGAGUCUCCGGGGCCUGCCAUCCACGUGUGUAUAUUGUGCCAGUCGAACUUACCGUCGAAAGGCCAACCUAAAGUUAUUCAACAAGCAUAAAAUAAUAACACGAAUAAACGUGUUGAAAGCCUAUCUUAAGAUGCAAAUCCUACGUCUUUUUAAUUGCAGUCGGUGACACCAGAAUAUGAGUGGCCAUCUUCUGGCCAGUCUUACCACUUUAUGUCAUAUCAAACAAUUUUGCGACAAGUUCUUGCUCACACUUGAUGUCAUCACUUUACCCUCUAAUGUGGAGAAUGCCGACAUUUUCGCCAAAACAAACUAUUCGACAUACUGUGUGUAACAAUAUCAAAGACACGCCACGAGACUGUGCUGUUUCUUUAUGUUUUAGCCCGACACUAGGAGAACCGGCGUCUUUUUUUGCAAGGAAGUCAAAUCAAACCUAAGGGUUUUUUUUAUCUCACAGUUAGACCUUUUGCCUUUCUUCUAAACAAGACGCGCUCCAUCACGCCGAUCGUUGACAUGGUUCGGACAUCCUGAAUGCGAUUUUCCCAUGCUCACAAGGAUCGGUUUUAAGACACGUCCACAUCCCGUAGACUCUGGCCACAGAUUCAUAUUUAAGAUCGAACAGGUGUGCCUGUAGUGGGUAUACCGUUAGACGUGCUCGAUUCUGGCGAAGACUGCUGCGGCUUUCGAGUUUGCUUUGAGGUGACUACGCUCAUGCUCACUCCCCAUGAGCAGUUUUGUUUUUUCUUUUGCCUGCCCUCCAGAUGCGCACCAACUCCGCGACAGACAUCCAGCGGGCAACUUGUGGUCCGUCACCGAUUACUAUAGCAAUUCUCUGUGAGGACGCAACUCCCGAGGAGGACUCUGUAGAUCCCCACCUGAUUGCGAUUGCUUCCGCAUGGCGCAACGUCAUUGACAACUGUGCGGCUGAGGGUUUUAUUAUACUGGUCAAGGACGUUGAAGAAAUUAAUGAAAGCCUUGCAAAGAAGGUGCUCUGCCUCUGCAACGAACGUCUAAUUCCUUAG